CUCGAAAAUUUUGGUUUCCAAAUGAUUCAUGCUAGUAGUGAAUGAUUCUUGUAACUCCUUUUUUCAAGUUCCUUGAUAUGAAGAAAAAAUUACACAAGGGACAAAAGAGAGAGAGUUCGGAUGGCGUCGUCCCAGGUUGAGAUGGUUGCAUCAUCUUCUCCAUUUGGCUAUGUUCUUCGGGAUAGGAAUCGUCCCAAUCGAUGCAAUAGGGAAACAAGCAACACCAAUUCCUCUAGAGUCGCUGCUUUUCAGAACAACCUCCAAGUUUUGGUUAGAGACCAUCUCCAUACUUGCAUCUCUAUACCUCCUGAUAAGAAUUCCUUAGCACAACCAAACAAUGAAAGCUUGGAUUCCAUCACCAUUUCUAGCAGCAAGCGUAAUAGCCCCCCAAAAAAUGAAACAAUGAAUAAUUUUUCUUCUUCGUGUUCUUCUACCCGCAUGAGUAGCCGACAAGCAAGAAACUUGGACCGCUGGGCGGCAAAGCAAGCAGAGCAUAUGGUAUCGACGAUAGAGAGGCAGAAUAAGGAGUCAGAGCUUUGGGUUGUGGCAUCAAGCAAUCCAUGCUCUUCUUCAAAUUCAAAAGAGGUCGGCAAUUGUGUAAUAUCUUCCCAAAAUUCAAUAGCCGAGAGCGAGUGUUCCUCCAAGAGCCAGAUUGGGGCUUCUUCCCUGGUACAAAUAUGGGAGGCACGACUAAAUCAACCAAAACCUAAUCCUCAAAUGUCGCAACACAGCAGAACAAGUUCUGUUUCUAGUUUAGACAAUUUCAAUCUUAUGGAAGAGCCUUCCAGGCAUUCUGAUGUUUGUGACUCUAUUUCUAACAACGAUUGGCUCACCGAUUGGGACUCAACUGGUCAGACCAUGACUUCAUCCGUAAACUAUCGUCAUUCUGACGUUGGUUCUGACAAGGAAAAGGUUAGGAUUGCAGAUAUUAUCAAACGACUAACAUGUGAUGUCCAUGAUCAUCAUGAUCCUGGGAAUGGUGGCAGUUGUGAUACGCCAAGACGGACUUCCAUCAGUUCAGAACCUAGCUUUGAGCAUAAAGGAGGAUGGUCUCUUGUGGUGAGCUCUCCUAGAAUUCGAGGUCGCCAAGCAUUUCAUGAUUUGCUCCUCCAUAUUGAGCAUGACCGCCAUAAAGAGCUUGGUUCCCUAGCUGAGCGUCAGGCUGUCUCCAAAUUUUGUUAUCGUGGCCGCAUUCAGUCUCUAUUAAAGUUGAGAUUUCUCAGGCGUGACAUAGGGGUUCAAACUCGACUAGUACCGGUACCACCAUCUUGUAAACCGCCGCAACAUAGCUCUAGCAUUAUGCAACUCAGGGAGAGAUUAAAGGCAUCAAUGGAGCAAGCAAAAAUUCGGGACAAAGAAGUAGUUGUGCAAAGAAUGUCACCCAAGCCAGAGAAACAUUGCAAACAAAUAGACACUUCUUUGACCCAACUUCAACCUAUUUGUGAGAGUCAAUCCCAAGAAAGGGCCACUUGUAUAGACAUGACGAGUACAAUGAUUUCAGAAGAGCAUAAAGAGCAACAAGAGAAGAAGCUAGAGGAGUCAGUAGAGCAUAAUGAACUACCAAUAGAGAAAUCUGUUUGCCAAAAGAGUACGCCUUCGUUUAAUAAUAGGAAUACAAAACAUGAAGCCAUACUUGUGGCGGAGAAUCAUGUCAUUGAGAAGUCUCACCUUCUUGAAGGUAACCCUAAAGAGGAAGAAAGUAUAUUGCCACUGGAGAACACAAAAUCACAACAAAGCAAAGAAUUGCUCGAUGUUCCCAUUUUUGAGAAUAUUGCAAUUCAUAGUGCAGUAGAAGCAUGGAAAGAAAGAAACUUAGAGUGUGUUAUGGAGGUAGAAGAAAUGAAGAACUCAAAAUUACAACAAACAAGAGAAUUGCUUGAUAUCCCCAUUCUAGCUGAUAGUGCAAUUCAUAGCUCGGUAGAAGCAUGGAAAGAAAGAAACCUAGGAUGUGAAAUGGAGGAAGAACAAGAGGAAGGAGCAGGUGAUGAUGAUCAACAAGAAUAUUUUGAGGAAGCUCCGUAUGAUUGGUUUAGUGACAUAGCUAGGCCACGUAGCUAUUGGGAAGACAUGAGGCGCUCCUGGUAUGACGAAAUGCUAAGCCCUGGUUGUGAAAACAGAGACAUAAAGGAACUCCUCGAGAGGAAAACUGUGUCGGGUUUUCUUUCAAGCGGAUUUCGAGAAAGGAUUGAUCGGUUGAUGUUGUCUCGAGCUCGGAUUCAAGCUACUCAAAAUGAAUUAGAGGCUGAUGAUAACCAAGAGAAGAUGGCACAAGUUGCAUUUUCAUACUUUCGCAAGGAGAUUAAUGAAGGAGAAGAGAACGGGGUUCAAGAAGAGCAACACGAACAAGCUAAAAACAUUGGAGAAAAAGAAGAAAUUGAUGAAGAGACGAAAGAAGAGGAAUCAGAAGAUGAAGAAGAAUAUAUGGAUCAAGAAGAACAUCAGCAAGAGAGCUCAACAAGUCGAAAGUUUGUUGAAGCCAACGAUCUUUUUGACCAGUCCUCUCAAUCAAUCUUCUCAAACUCUCCAAACAGGUUAUGGAAUUACGCUACAAGGAAAGAGAUGGAUGAGUAUGAUCAAUUCUCAAAUUCAGCUUCCCAACUACCUAGUCAACCAUUCUCGAAGAACACUCAGGAUAGAAGAAGAUGUUCAUGCUCUAAAAGUCGUGCAUCCAUUGAUGUGGAUGUGGUGAAUGAACUAAGAGGAAGCAUGGAACAAUUAAGGACUGAAGUGGCAGACCUUCGAAAGAUAAUCGAGAGUUGCAUGGAAAUGCAAAUGAAUCUCAUGAGGUUCAUAAAGCAUGGGGUUCAACCAGGUUAUGGCAGUAUAGAGACGAACUCUGCAAACUUGCAACAAGAAUGAGUGAGGGCUUUGUGGCAUAAAAUCAUGAAGGUAACCAUGAAUGUAAAUGAUCUAUUGACUGCAACAUAUAUGGAUUACGAAAAGGGUUCCCCAAGGAGAAGCAAUGGGACAUGGUAGUGUUGGACAUUGAGGAAGCGCACUUCCUUUGUGGGGUUAUGGUGAGACGGAAGUGGAUUCCACUUUUGUACAGAGAAAAGAUAUUGCUCUGGAUUCCUUGAGUUGGAAAUUACAAACCGGAUGUACAUAAAUGUUUACAAACCGGAUUCCUUGAGUUGAAAAUUGCAACAAGAAUGAGCGAGGGCUUUGUAGCACUAGGAAGUGCACGAUUUAUUGAGCUCUAAUUUUGGGUGAAGUGAAAGCAAACUUAGACUCCUAACAGGAAUCAAAGAAGAGGAAAAGGAACUCAGAAAGUAGCAUAUCAUAUAGACCUGCUCAUAAAGUGAAAGAGUUCUUGCUCCAGAGGACCUCUCAAUUGUAUUACUGUUUUACUCCCUCAUGAUUGGUAUCUCUUCAUGUAGGGAAACUAAAAAGAAAAUAAAGUUGAAAGGAGAAAAAUAAAAAUUAGAAAGAUCAUAUUAUUUAUGGUCGCCCUUUUUAUGAGUUUCAUAUGCUCUAUAAAUGUUUGGAUAUAUGUGGAUCUUGAAUUUAUGAUGAAAC